AUGGCAGUGAUCGAGGUUGAGUACAGUGGCCCCAUUGCGGUUGUAGCGCUCAACAAACCCAACAAGUUGAACGCUUUGACCAAAGACGAGUUCUACCAGCUCGCACGCACACUUCAGGAGGUUGCCAAUCAUGAUGAAGUGGUAGCGACUGUGUUGACAGGCAACGGGAGAUUCUUUUCAGCCGGUGCCGACGUGUCGGUCUCGAGGCAGAUGCCCGAGGGCACAGACUUGUAUCGGCAUAACUUGACCGUCACGGUAGCCAGCAACAUGAAUCUUGCGCGAGCCUUCUAUACACAUCCCAAGAUCUUGGUAGUAGCCCUUAACGGUCCUGUGGUUGGUAUGGCUGCUGCGCUGAUCGCCUUCGCCGACUUUAUCUAUUGUAUGCGGGAAACAUAUCUCUUGACGCCGUUUGCUAGCUUGGGCCUGAUCAGCGAAGGUGUCUCGUCGAUAGCUUUCGCAGAACGCAUGGGAAUCUCCAAAGCAAACGAAGCCCUGAUUCUGGUGAAGCGCAUCUCCAGCAACGAAUUACUUGAGGCAGGUUUCGUGAACCAAAUAUUUAAUUGCCCCGCCGAGUCAUUCCGGAGUGAGGUGCUCAAGGAGGUUAAGGACAGGUUCCAUGAUGGUCUGAAGGCGUCAAGCAUGUUGCAGAUCAAGAAGAUGAUUAGACAUCGAUCAAGACGGGAACUAGACGCUCAGAAUGUUGAUGAAGUGUUUGAAGCUCUCGAGAGAAACGUUCAAGGAAUUCCGCAGAAGGAGUUCGAGAAACUGCGGAAGGGGCAGAAGAAACAUAAGCUGUGA